AUGAAUCAACUCAUGCGUCAAGGCUGCACUAAUCGUCUUCGAUAUAAAAUCAAUACUCUUGCCCCUGAGAUCGUUCACGUUCAGCUGGCUGAAUGUCGGCUGCUGGUUGACGCCGAUGUACGGCCGAUCGCAGAGCAUGAUGACCGUGCCGUCGUUGGCGGGAUACGCCAGGGCCUCGACGAUAUCGCAGGGCCGCUGGUUGGACCCCGGUGCCGGGUUGAACUCGACGCGCGCAUACCCGCGCUGCUGGUCGCGCCAGACGGCGUUGGUGAUGCGGUUGAGCUGGCUGUCGCCGCAGACGAUGGUGACCUUGUCUGGGGUUUCGGAGUUCUACUCACCGGAAAUGUGCUCGUACGCCGUUGCGCUGUGGUCCUGGAAAAAGUCGUCGAGGAUGCUGCGUCGGCCUUGGUCCUUGCAGGUUUCAUACAUGGACGGUUCCCCGUCGCCCAUCUUGUGCAAGUGCUCCCACGUCGCACAGGCCGUGCCUGUGAGGCCGGACCAGUUGAGGACUGUCCUGGCUUCUUCCAUGGCUUGGUGGACCUUUCGUCUAUUGUUGUUGCAGUUGCAGCUCUUGUCGAUGCUGUAUCCCAAAGCCUGCGAGGCCACUCCGAGGAGGAGCGUGCUGGUGAGAACCUUCAUGGCUCUGCAAUUGGUUGGGUCCAACGGCACUCUGAAAGGGUUCAAUAG